UUAAAAUGUUUGAAUCUGCGGCUCCGCUUCUCUUGGUUCGUCCUUCAGACCCUCAGCAGCACGCAGCAGAGGCUGAAUCAUGGCGAUGCAGGUGUCCGAGUCCGACCAGAUCAAACAGUUUAAGGAGUUUCUGGGGACGUACAACAAGCUGACGGAGAACUGCUUCAUGGACUGUGUCAAAGACUUCACCACCAGAGACGUGAAGCCGGAGGAGUCGAGCUGCUCCGAGUCGUGUCUGCAGAAGUACCUGAAGAUGACUCAACGGAUCUCGAUGCGCUUCCAGGAAUAUCACAUCCAGCAGAACGAGGCUCUGGCUGCCAAAGCCGGACUGUUGGCGCAGCCUCGCUGAGCCGGUUCUAGUUCUGAUGAUCUGGCGACACCAUGAAUACAGACUGAAGCUGCCUCAGAGCAUCAUGGGAAAUGGAGUUGAAACAGAUCCGUGAUGUGUUGGACAGAAACUGUGGAGUUCAACUUUACUGUUUUCUUUGUGUUGAAAUGUUUUGUUUUUUUUAAUUAAACGUUGCGAUGAUCUGA